CGGCGCAGGGACAAACCUCAGCUUUCCUGUAACCUCUGUCGCCGCCGCAAGUGAGUAUGAUUUAUACCUGAUCUAGUUUCAUUUAUAUAUAGAGUCAGGUACUAACGCUGGCAACCAUUAUGUAGAUCGCGAUGUGACCGCCAACAGCCAUGUUCAACGUGUUUGGCACGAGGACAAACUUGUGUCUACGUAGAAAACCAUCCCUCGCUAACGAAGCCGUCAAUGCCACUAAGUACAACGGCACCUUCAGCCCCUCCUGCAGUCCACGAUCGCCUGGUCCAGUUAGAACGUCUUGUUAUGACUUUGAUGUCUAAUCCUACCCAAAAAGCAAACCAUAGUUCUACUGAUACUCCAGCUGCUGAAGUAGGCCCACGCUCAGGGCCAGAUUAUGGGCAAGCGCCAGUUCCUUUAUCAGGGACUGGCAAUAGUCCUAAUACCCAAGUAGAUGUUCCAGUGGAUGGGCAUUCUGAGUGUGGAAGCAUGCGGGUUACUGCGUCGGAACUUCGCUAUGUCGGCGGGGACCACUGGGCGGCCAUACUGGAGAACAUUGCUGAUUUAAAGGACCAUUUCGAUAGAGAAGAACAGCUGAGACUUGCGAAUAGCCCCGAGGAUCUGGAUGGUAACAAUGGUGAUCCGGCAAAUAAACCUAGGUCACCUCACGCGCUACUUCUGUAUGGAUGCCGUCGCCCAACUUCACGGUCUGAAAUACUUGCCGCUCUGCCCCCAAAGAGUGCCGUGGAUCGCUAUAUUUCUCGCUAUUUUAACUGCCUGGAUCUUGUGGCCUCUUGUAAGCGCAACGAAAUAACGGGCAUUCUGAUGAAAGUACUAACUAAACCGAUAAUAUAGCAGUGGUACAUGGGCCUAGCUUUCUAAAUCAGGUAGGUCCUAUUUUAUUACAUGCGUAUUUAUCUCUUUAAGCUAACCCGCGGUUAUAGUACGAAUCUUUUUGGAGUAACCCAUCUGACGCUCCGAUUGUCUGGGUUGGACUAUUAUUUGGCAUGAUCUGCCUUGCGUUGCUUGCCUCAGACCUGCCAUACGCGGCAUACAGUAACAAUGAAAUAGAGCAGCAAACUCUACAGGCUGACUUAUACCGUGAAAAAAUAGUUCAAUGCCUCGUUAUAGGGGAAUAUACAAACUCCGGACCGUACGUUCUGGAGGCAAUGAUCCAGUAUGUGUAUGUGGAGUAUAUAGUUCGAGCGGACGCUGGCAAGGAUAACUGGUUCUUGCUAGCCAUCCAAGUGAACCUGGCAAUGCGUAUGGGCUACCAUCGUGAUCCCAGUCAUUUUCCUGGCAUCUCUCCGUUACAGGGUGAAAUGCGACGCAGGGUGUGGGCAACGGUUCUCAUGAGUGAUAUUCUUGUUUCCAGCCAAAUGGGCAUGGCAAGAAUGAUUGCAGAUUGGAAGUGCGAUACUGCUGAGCCGCGAAAUUUGAAUGAUAAUGACAUGGAUGAAAAUACCACCGAACUACCUCCACCUCGACCAGAAACCGAACACACAACAGCUUUAGGUAUUAUUGCCCGGAGAAGGAUGUUAAUGGCCUUAGGCGCAAUCUCGGAUGUUACCGAUGCAGUGAAACCCUCUAGCUAUGCUGAGGUCAUGCGAGUUGAUGCAAUUUUACAUGAUGCUGCUGCCAGUAUCCCUCCGCCGCUGAAAAUGAAGCCUAUGGCAUCAAGCGUCACUGACUCUCCACAGGUGAUUAUGGCUCGUCUGUUCAUUGGCCAUAUGUUCUAUAAAGGGCAAAUAAUGCUUCACCGCAGAUUUCUAUACAUGGAGUCACCACCAGGAGAGGAGGAUAAGUAUGCUUAUUCACGAAAUGCGUGUAUCGAUGCUUCACUUGGAACAUUAAAUAUACAGCAUGUUCUGGACGAAGAAACUUGCCAGGGAGGUCAGCUAUACUCUAUGCGAUGGCGUGUGUCCUCUAUGAUGAAUCAUCAGUUUUUAAUAGGAACUAUGAUACUAUGUUCAUUACUACAUCGUGGAAAACAUCUGGAGAGAGAACAGGAAGUUACUGCUGCACUCCGUACGACCCGAGCUAUUUGGAUGAGACGCAGUUCUCAGUCCCAGGAGGCCAAAAAGGCCGCUGAGACUGUGAGCAUUGUUUUGGCAAGAGUUGGGGAAGGACGAGCCCAAGGCGAGGAAAAAAGUGGAUUGUCUCAGGGGAUGGGGCCUUCAACUAACCCAGCCACUUCUACUAUCAAUAGUAGCGAAGCGGGCAUGAACCUUGACGAAAGAGAGGUGUUAGCAGAUAGUAUGGGUCUGGGCUUUUAUGAACCGGACAAAUUCGUGAUGCCAGGCCUUCUCGGAAGUUUCACACCUCCUGACCAGCAAAACUUUUCCUUUGAUGUAAAUUCAUUAGAGAGGGGUACGACUCUAGACGAUUGGAUGUUAAUGAACUGGCCUGGAAUGACAAGCUAGUAAUAGCCCUCAGAGCUCGAUGAUCUACCUGAUUUGUAUGGGUCGACGUCUUGUCUAGAUUAGCCUAGAACGGAGGGUCAGUAUGGAAUCGUGAGCCAAGAGAUACAGAUAACUACUGGGUAUGUAGGACAAACCCAACUAUCUCACAAUCAUUAUCGCCCAUCUCGAUCUUUCGUAAUCGGAAAAUUCCCUUAACAUUUCUUUGCACAGGUGCCUGCUAUAGCACUGCGCAUCGCUGCAUUAAUUAAAAGCCAUG